CCGCGUCAUAACUUCCAACACAACCCGCCGCUUCCUGGCCGGCGCAGGCAGGCGCCUCAGGACUGAACCGUUACCCGGACCUCAUCAUCAUCACCAUCAUCACCGCCACUCCCCGGUUCCUCCGACCGGUCUGCGAGCACCCCGCCCCGCCGGGAUGAGUGAAUGAAACGGCCGUGAUCGAGGAAGAGGUCCCGGGACUCUGGUUCUCGCGCCAGGACCAGGAGGGGGGGGGGGGGGACGUGGUGAUGGUGUUGGACUCGGGCGAAGUCCUCAUGGAUCAGCCCGAGGUGGAACGUGUCGGGGGCACCAGGGACCCGCUGGAUCCAGAUGUGCGAGCGCCCGAGGCCAAGCCGGCCAAGAGGGGCGACGGUGCCAAGAAGGAGAAGGUGUCCCACAACGGAGUCCCGGCCCACACGCACAGCGGCCAGGCGCCGCAGAGGAGGCCGGCGCCAUCCUCGCCGAGAGGCGGGGCCACGGCGAGGCCGCUGCGUCGCCCGCUCAGCCUGGAGAUAACGCCCCAGCGCCUGCGGCGGUCCCAGGAGCAGAUGGCGGACGGGCGGGCGGUGCAGCCGCCGUGGCGGAGCGGCUCGGCCGCCCCGUCGCCCCCGGCCCGCAGCCUGAGCAGCCUCGGCGCCGGCGGCUGGAUGCGCCGCAGCGAGAGCACCCGCUCCGUCAACUAUUCCCCGGGGCUCCGGGUCGGCGGGGGCCGGAUGAGGCCCGCCACCUCGCUGCCGCACAUAGCGAGGAGGGAGGUCGGGCGGACGCCGGCUCCGCCCUCCAGGCCGUGUCUGCUGGUCGCCCUCAGGCCUCUGAACCUGGAGCAGGAGAAGCAGACUUUCUUCCGCUCCGACUACGAGUACGAGCCUCAGUUUGAGUACUCGCAGCCGGAGCCCAAGAGCGUGUUGGAGAAGUACCGAGAGGGUUCAGGCCUCUUCCUCCCACAGGCGGUGGGAAUCAUGGAGUGCGUCCUGAAGAAGUUCGGCUCCUAUGAGAACUUCGAGGAGGUGACGGGCGGCAGCGUCCUCCCUAAGAGUCAAGUCUGGGCCGCCGUGCGCAAAUACCUGCAGAAGGAAGGCUGCGUGGGAGAGGUGGUGGUGCGUCUGUCGGACGAGCUGCUGUCCCAGGCGGUGAUGGUGGUGGAGAGCUGCCGUCCCACGCUGACCAUCAACCUGGCCGGAGCGCGGCAGCACUGGCUGGAGGGGAUGCUGCGACACGAGAUCGGGACGCAUUACCUCCGAGGGGUGAACAACAACCUGCAGCCGUGGGCCACCGCCGAGGGCAGGAAGCGCUUCGGCCUCAAACCCGCCAACCCCACGGAGGAGGGCCUCGCCAGCCUGCACAGCGUGUUGCUACGGAAACAGCCUUACCUGUGGCGCGCGGCGCUGCUGUACUACACGGUGUACCACGCCACCAGCAUGAGCUUCAGCCGCCUCUUCGGCCACAUCGCUCGCUUCGUCCAGGACCCGGACGUCCGCUGGGAGUACUGCCUGAGGGCCAAGAGGGGGCAGACGGACACCUCGCAGCCAGGGUGCUUCAGUAAAGACCAGGUUUACCUGGACGGGAUCCUCCGUCUCCUCCGACACCGAAGGAACAUCGACUUCAAGAUGUUGACAUCUUUAGGGAAGGUGUCCUUUGAAGACGUGGAGAUGUUGCGUCCCCUGGCGGUCCUCCCGCGGACCAGAAUCCCUCACUUCAUGCGAGACCAGGGGCGCUACCUGCAGCACCUGGAUCACAUCGUCACCGCCAACGACCUGGACGACUCAGCGCUGCAACACCUGCUGCCCUGACCCCCCCCCCCCCGUGGUGCAUCUAAUGUCACAGCCAGUAUUAUCAACGCUUGGUUUGAGCAUUUUUAUUUUAUUUUUGUACUUGAAUGUUACAAACAAAAAGGAACGCACACAUUUUAACUCUUUUAUCCAAUGCAUGCCCCCCCCCCCCCCGUCUUUGCUACUACUAUGAAGUUACCUCAAUACUGCAACUACGAUGUAACCGACACUAAAGAUGUAAACUCGUACAUAAUCACUGCAUCCGGCGCCUGGACACGCUAACGUACAGAUCUAAUCGUGCUUCGGUUAUGCAAAUAUUUAAGUUUUUUUUACUUUGGGAGAACAAACUGAAUGUCUCUGGUAUUAGCUUUAUACUUUUUUAUUUUAUACUUUUUAAUGCCUUAUAUUGUUUGCAUUGUUUCAUUCUUUUAAAAAGGACACCAAGGACACACACACACACGCACACACACUAAUAAAUCAAGUGCCAGUGGGAUGAAACCCGGGAUGUUUAAAAAAAAUAUUAUUUAGGAAUCCAUGUUAUUCAAAGACAAUAAUCAGCUGAUGUUAUUAUCUUAAAAGUGUCCUUGGUGGUCUUUACAGAUCGAUGUGCUACUGUGAUGUGAU